AUGGCCACGGACGUUGAGAAAAUCGGCCAUGUCAAUCCCAUCGUCGAGGAGCCAGUGUUCGACGCCAAGGAGAAGCUCGCCCUUGACCAGGUCGACGGUGCUCUCGCCUUCCUCCGCAAUGAAGCCGACGCAUCCGUUGCCGAGAUCGAUGAGAAGAAACUCCUCCGCCGGAUUGACUGGCUCGUUAUGCCGAUGCUGUUUGGUGUCUACAUUCUUCAGUACAUCGACAAGAGUUUGAUCAAUUAUGCCAACGUCAUGGGAUUGAGCAAAGACACGCACAUGAGUGCUGCCGACUUCUCCUACUUGGCCACUUUCUUCUACGUCACCUUUGCCGUCUUCCAGCCUGUGCAUGCCUACUUGAUGCAGAAGUUCCCGACGGCCAAGUACCUCGCUGUGAACGUUGUUUUGUGGGGUGUUAUCCUUGCUGUUCACAGCGCGUGCCACAACUUUGGUGGCCUCAUCGUCUCUCGGUUGCUUUUGGGCAUGUUCGAAUCAGCCAGCGCUCCGUGCCUGAUUCUGAUUACCGGCAUGUGGUACAAGCGCGCAGAACAGCCUUUAAGAGUGGCCAUCUGGUAUCUGGGCGUUGGUGGGGGCACCAUCGUUGGUGCUCUCGCCUCAUUUGGCUUUCAAUACUACCAUGCAGACGCAUUCAAAUCGUGGCAGAUCAUGUUCCUGGUCUUCGGCAUUGUCACUGUCGCCUGGGGCAUCGUCGUCUUCCUAGUCCUGCCCGACUCCCCCAUGACCUCGCCCUUUACGCACGAGGAGAAAGUCUUCGCCAUUGAACGACUGCGCGAGAACAUGACGGGUAUCGAAAACAAGAAAUUCAAGACGCCGCAAUUCAUGGAAACCAUCUUUGAUCCGCGAACUUGGCUCAUCGCCGUCAUCAUCAUUGCCGGAAACGUGCCCACUGGCGCGUGCGGGACAUACUCGUCGACACUGAUCAAGGGCUUCGGGUACACGUCCAAGCAAUCCGCGCUGCUCAACAUCCCCAGCGGUGCGAUUUCCAUGAUUGCGGUGCUCUCCGCGUCGUGGUAUGCGGGCAGAUUCAACAACCGCGGUUAUGGCAUCGUCGCUCUUCUACUACCUGGUGUGCUGGGCGGCGGCCUAAUGGCAUUUCUCCCCAAGAGCGACAAAGCAGGAAAACUGGCGGGUAUUUACCUGACGCAGAUUUUUGGACCAAAUCUGUCAAUGAUGUACUCCUGGGCCGCAGCCAACUACGCCGGCCACACAAAGAAAAUCAGCAUCAACGCCAUCAUCCUCUUCGCCUACGGUGCCUCCAACAUCAUCGGGCCCCUGACAUUCACCGGCUACACAGCGCCCGAGUACAUUCCCGCCAAAGUCGCCAUCAUGGCCUGUCUGUCCCUGGCGAUCGUCACCGCCUUGGUGCUCCGGUUCUGGUACGUGUGGGAGAACAGGCGUCGAGACCAGGUGGCGGCGGCCGAGGGAUACGUGCACGUUCCGGACAGGGAGUUUAUGGAUUUGACGGAUAAGCAGAACCCCGAGUUCAGGUAUGCGCUAUAG